AUGCUCAUUCCUCUUUUGCUGUUGAAUCUUCUACUUCGAAGCACCAAUGCUGCUCCCCACCUCAAAGCAAGAGACUGUCAAGUAAAUGAACUUCCCGUCAGUCUAACUGGCGCAUACAUCGACCGGAAUAACAAAAACAACGUAUCCUUCCGCUUGUAUUCUGAAGACAUGGAGACUCGAUGCCCCCCACUCAACAAAGACCCUCAGAAGAACACGGCCAAACCCUUCACUUCGACAAACGUUUAUAAGUGUACAGAUCCUAGUGUCACUUUCAGUUAUGAUGGCAACGAUGGCCAGCUCAAGAUUUGGAUUAGCAACGAAAAAGGAAAUUUUGGCGGUUCUGUCACGGUUUCCAAUCCCUCACCAGAAGUUAUUUCAACUACCCUCCAAUGCAUAAAUGAUUAA